CAACGGCCUAUCAUCAGGAUCGCUGCGAAGAAGAAUCCAUCUGGUGGUGGACAGUAGCGCCAAGCUAUCCCGGAUAAACUCGUCUGUCUAAUUUCAUGUUCCUCGGUGAGCGACAUCGAACUACCUGGCGAAUCGGCAACUUCUUCUGUGUCAGUCUGCUGAUGAACACUACUCAAUCGACUCUACCGCUCCAGCGAACCUUCAAUGUCAAAAUGAUAAUUUCGAUCGCAUCGCAUCUGUCCGCUCAGUAUGCCUCCCAUUGCAGUCAGCCGCUGGACGCAACAGUUAUGACGUAGUCAUUCCCUCCGUAUCGCAGCUUGUUCCCCUUCCUGACAACAGUACAUCCUGCUCUCCCCGCGCUAUUUGCGGUGAUAGUGAUCAUCGAGCCCACAGUCCUGAAACUUGGAAUGCAGCACGACACCUCUCACAUGACACUGAUGGUUUGCGGAUUUACUAUCAGAACGCGAGAGGGCUUAAGACGAAAAUUGAUGACGUGUAUUUAGCUGCUGUGGACGGUGACUACGAUGUUUGCGUCUUCACCGAAACAUGGCUCGAUGCGCGUAUAACAUCAGUGCAGCUUUUCGGCGAUGCUUACACCGUAUACCGUGCGAACCGAAAUAGUGGCAACAGUAUUCGCGGACGUGGAGGAGAAGUUUUGAUUGCUGUUUCCACCGCAUUUGCCUCAUGUGAGAUUGAUGUAGGUAGUUUAACCAGUGUUGAGGCUGUUUGGGUUAGAAUUACAACUCCAUCGAGGAACUUUUAUAUUGGUGCUGUCUAUAUUCCUCCUGAAAAGCGACUCGACUGCAAUAUCAUGCAACUUCACAUGGAUGCUGUGAAUAACGCUUCUUCACAAGCUGGCGCGGAUGGCGUGAUGAUUGUCCUUGGUGAUUUCAAUCAGCCAGGACUCAUUUGGGUGCCGUCACGACACGGAUACGCUUACCUGGACCCGAUUGCUUCGACAACCAACAUCGCCAGUCGUUUGCUACUGGACGGAUUUGCUUUCAACGGGCUAAGUCAAGUAAGCAUGAUUCCUAACCACCAGUCACGCUUUCUGGAUCUCGUCUUUGUUAGUGAAACUAUUAUACCUGUAUGUUCCGUCAAUGAAGCAUCCAGCGUGAUUGUUCCACUUGACAACUUUCAUCCCGCGCUUGAAAUCUCAAUUGGCACUAUUCGAUCAGUUCAGUAUGUAGAAACUCUUUCUGUCGACCGUCUCAACUUUCGCAAAACUGAUUUUGUAAAGCUGCGCAGAUCUCUGUCGCAAAUUGAUUGGAGUGUACUGCAUGCCCAAGUGAGUGUUAAUGCUGCAGUUGCCAUCUACAAGCGACUACUACUGAACUGUGUUGAGACCUCAGUGCCUAAAUGUCAGCCUCCUAGCAAGCCACCCUGGUCAAACAGCACUCUUCGAAAGCUAAAACGUACUCGAGCAAAAACCCUACGUGCGUACACAAAUCGACGGUGUCCUCUUUCUAAGCGCAUGUUCACUUUAGCCAGUAAUGAGUAUCGUUGUUACAACAAGUUUCUGUACAAACGCUAUGUAAACCGCAUCCAGAAUAAUCUAUGCCGAAACCCGAAGGGCUUUUGGUCAUUUGUCAACACGAAGCGUAAAGAAACUGGACUUCCAUCAAGGAUGCUUUACGACGGCGAAGAAGCUACGACAACUGUGGCGAAAUGUACGCUGUUUGCCAGAUUCUUCUCGAGUGUUUUUUCAACUGACUCGCCAACCGCAAACGAACUCGAAAAUGCCUCUCGCGACGUUCCUGCUUGUGCUGUUGAUUUGGAUGUGUUUACUGUCUCUGAAUAAAUGGUUAUAUCUGCAAUUCGGAAAACCAAGUCAUCUUAUGCACCCGGCCUCAGUGCUAUACCUUCAACUGUAUUGAAAAAAUGUUCGGACUUACUUGUAACACCACUUGCAUAUAUUUUUAACCUAUCGCUUCAGCAGCAAACGUUUCCUGAGGAUUGGAAAUGCUCAGUUAUGUUCCCGGUAUUCAAGAAAGGUGACAAACGCAACAUAGCGAACUAUCGCGGAAUCUCUUCGCUAGGAGUCGAAUCUAAAGUUUUUGAAUCAAUUAUCAAC